AUGGCUCGCCAUGGUUUUACAAUUAAAUCUAAAGUGACAGAGGCUUUUAUUGAUGGCAGAUGGGAAUGGCCAGAAGAGUGGAGAAAUGAGUAUCCGGUUUUGUUUCAGCUUCGUCCUCUAUCUAUAUCGGAUAUGCAGGACAGAAGAUUAUGGAUGAAUUCGGAUGGCAAGCUGGUUCCCUUCACAUCGAAAGAAGUGUGGAAUGUUAUUCGGACUCGUGAACAACCAAAGUUGUGGUCGAAAGUGGUGUGGUCGUCGUUUAAUAUUCCAAAGCAUUCGUUCAUGUGCUGGCUUAUUUUUAAGAAAAAGCUUUGGACUCAAGACCGAAUUAUGAGGUGGAAUCAUUUAGUUACGGGAUCUAUGAAUCUGAUGUGCUGUUUGUUAUGCCAGUCAGAUUUAGAAACUCAUGAACAUCUGUUUUUUGAAUGCUCUUAUUCGAAAUCAGUGUGGCAUAAAGUAAGGCAUAAAGUAGAGAUGAACUCGAUUAAAGAGUCUUGGGAGGAGAUUUCAGCUUCGUUGAUUGCGAAAGCAAACUCGAAAUCGGUUUUUGCUGUUGCGAGUAGAUUGGUGGUGGCAGCCGCGGCUUAUAUUAUUUGGAGUGAACGGAACGCGAGAUUUUUCAGUAACCGGUUGAGACCUCCGGAACAGCUGGCUGAUAGAAUCGUUAGUACGGUUAGAACAAAGUUAUUCUCAUUCAGGUAUAAGCAAACCUCAAAUGUCAAGCGUUUUAUGGAAGCGUGGAAGUUGGAUAAAGCAGACUUUUUGGAAGAAGACUGA